AUGAACUUCUUCUCAAACGCCAAUAACUCCAAGGCUAGCAAGUCAAGAGAUGGCAACAUGCUGACGUGUAAAUACACUCGGUGCUUUAACAAGACGUUUAAGAAGGACAUCACGUUCAUUCAGAUUUUGUUUCCGUCCUUUACUGUGAAGAGCAUCACGACUGCCUUUUUCGUGCUCCUAUUUGUUACCUUCUUCAUUUUGAACGUGUGCAACUUUGACAGGCAGGCGCCGCUCUACCUGAGCGAAACUGUGCUGAAGCGAUCUGGCAUGAGCAGGAACUCCGUCACGAACAACCACCAGUACUACAAACUGUUGACGGCCACUUUUUUCCACGCCAGCGUUUGGAACUUAAUAAUUAAUGCCUACUAUUUCAUGAACAUCGGGAUCAUCGUCGAGAAGAGCUACGGGAAGGCUCGAUACAUUACGAUAAUGCUUCUAAGUGCCCUGUGUGGGAACUUCCUCCUCUGCGCAACUUCCAAUUGUGGCGACGCCUACAUGGGCAUCAGCACAAUCUUGUCCGGAUUCAUGGGCCUCUUUCUGCAGGAAAUCGUUGAGCGGUACAAGCAGCUGACGGACAGGUGGAGCGUCAUCGGGAACUACGUGUUUGCAGUGCUGUCCCUCUAUUUGACCAUAUCGAUGUUUCCCUUUAAUGGAAACAUCGUGGGGAACCUGGGGGGGAUUUUCGGCGGCUUCUGCUACCCGUACCUCACCAAAAAGGACACCUUCCACGGGCAGGAGAAGAAGGUGAAGCUUACCCUCGCCGUUUUGCUGAUUCUGCUUCUGAGUUCAACCCUCAUCAGUUUGAUCGUGGCCAAGUGUUAG